AUGGAAUCUACCGGAACAAAUGAUAUAACAGAAAAUGCCGAAAGCAAAAUCCAAACCACUGAAAACAAAAUCAAACCUCAACAGCGAUCAGCGGAAAAAGAAAAACUUGUUCUAGAACUAACAGAUAUGGGCUUUUCCAAAUCACUAGUGCUACAAAUUGUAGAUAAUGCUGGUGAUGUACCUAAAAACUUAAUUGUUGAACAACUGUUGACUACAAGUUCAGAAUCUAGUGUAAAUAUACCUGUGGUAGAUGAUGAUGGGGAUAAAUUAUGGGAAGAUGUUACUGUUGCUAAUAAAAUGGUUAUCGUUAUAAAUAGUGCCUUGAACAUGAGCAUUGGGAAAACUGCAUCACAAGCUGCACAUGCUGCAUUGGGCUUGUAUGAAGUGAUGAAAGAACGUGCAGAUCUAAGCUAUGAUUUAAUUACAUGGAAUGAACAAGGAAGUCGAAAAAUUGUUGUUGCAGCAAAGAACACUAAUGAACUCAUUAAAGUGUGUUCAGAAGGAAAAAUCCAAAAAAUUCCAUUUUUCUGUGUUCACGACGCAGGUCUAACUGAAGUGGAACCUAACUCAUUCACUGCAUUGGCUUUGUUUGGAUCUGAUCAAGAACUCAAGCCUGUAACCGGAAAACUUAGACUACUAAAAUGA